UAGGUGCAGAAGCCGCUAACCCACUAUGUUUCACACUAUUUUUUUUAGCUUUAUAUAUGUAUAUGCAAUAAUGCAAGAUUUCAGUGUCAGACAAGAAACCAUUGACAUUCCAAGAUGGCAGAAAACAAGGUUCCUGAAAGUUGUAACAGCAGGAAAGAAAGACAGCCAAUUUCUGUACCAUUUGUUUGGGAAGUAAGGCCAGGAGUGCCAAACAAGGAUUGGAAGCCUGUUGAUAAACCCGUAAAGAAAUUUGUUCCUCCGGUGAAGCUUGUAGCUUCGAUCCCAUUUGAGUGGGAGGAGAAGCCGGGGACGCCACUUCCCAGCUUCCCACUUCCCCGCCCAUCUGCAGAGUCGUCUUCCCAGGAGAACAUCUUCGGCUCCUCUGUGUUGCCUGCAAGAACAGAGGCUCGAGGUGAUGAUGGGAACGACAACAGUGGUCAUCUGUGGGAAGCGUUUUGUUUUGAAUCGGAUGAUGACUCCUUCAGCUCAGCGCCCUCUUUGCUAGCGAAUGGCUUGAUAUCAACCUGGGAAAUCUCGAGCGCUGUUCCUGUGGAAGAUAUCAACAGCAGCAGGCUGAAAAGUCCACCUUCACCGGCUUCUGAAACAGGCAGCACGAGCAGUUAUGCAACGGGCACUACUAGCCUAGUUGGGACCGCUUUCUUGGAGAAACUCUUUCCUUUAUUAUCACCUGAGUUAAACUCCAUUGAACAACAGGUUAGCCCCCGCUUAGAGAAGGGCAGUGCUCAAAAUCCAGAAAUAUGUGACACAGGCUCAGACUCGGAGAGUAAUAGCAGCACAAUAAUAAGGAAACCACUGCUAACACUAGGAGACCUUAUAAUGAUGAGCCGAAGAAGAAGCCAUCAGAGAAAAGCUAAUCAAAUGGUAAUCCUCUAAAAUUCAUAGAGAGGAGUGGUAUUGGAUGCUGCAUGUUUGGAGUUGGAGGAAGCGUUGAAGGAUUGCACACCAAAUGGAAGAGGCAAUUACAACUUCUGUAAAAAUCAACCUCAACUUGUUUCAUGAUGUUACAAUAUACAUAGCAUAAAAACCGAUUAGUUGUGCUUUGUUAAGGAUCUCAAGGUGUUACCUUUCUAAAACAAGAACCUGUUGUACACAUUUCCAAAUAUUCUAUUGUGCAAUGAAAGAUAAAGCUUGCAAUGA